GAGUAAGUUGACGUGAUGUGUUUCCACCCCCCCCCCAAGGCCACCAGCGACCUGGAGAACUACGACAAGGAACGACAUGAAGAAUUUAAACAAUACGAGAUGCUGAAAGAACAUGAGAGGAGGGAAUACUUGAAGUCGCUGGAUGAAGAAAAGAGAAAGGAAGAGGAGGCCAAGUUUGAUGAAUUGAGAAAGAAACACAAAGACCAUCCAAAAAUUAAUCAUCCGGGCAGCAAGGAUCAAUUAAAAGAAGUUUGGGAGGAAACUGAUGGGCUGGAUCCUGAGGACUUUGAUCCAAAGACGUUCUUUAAGCUACACGAUACCAAUGGUGAUGGAUUCUUGGAUGAGCAAGAGAUGGAAGCAUUAUUCACCAAAGAGCUGGAGAAGAUUUACGACCCAAACAAUGCAGAAGAUGAUAUGAUGGAGAUGGAGGAAGAACGACUGAGGAUGAGAGAACAUGUCAUGAAAGAGGUUGAUGUAAACAAGGACCGGUUGAUUUCAGCAGAGGAGUUUCAAAGGGCUUCGGAAAAGAAGGAAUUUGGAGAAACAGAUCCUUGGGAGACCCUGGAUGAACAGGACCUUUAUUCAGAAGGCGAGCUGCAGGAUUUUGAGAAGCGACUGACAAACCAGGAGAAUGAACUGAGGUUGAAAUCGGAUGAUCUGCUGAAGCAGCGGGAAGAGCUGGAGCUUCAACAGGAUCAGCUCCACGCUCAGAAGUUGGAAUUCCACCAGGCUGUGCAGCAACUGGAGCAGAAGAAGCAGGCACAACAUGCCCCACUGCCGGAAGGACCAAAUGGAGAACUUCGCUUUCAGCCUGGUAUGAAUCCAGCUGCUUCACCAGGUCACCACCAAUCUCAAGAGCAGCCAGUUGCCGAUGGACAGAGUCAACCUCCUCAGUAACCUCCUUGCUGCCAGUCUGUGUGCUAAUACAGGUGUACCUUGGGAUAUAUUACCUUGGGUCCAAACGAUCACUAAUCCAAUCCAAUAUAUCUUGCCACUCACGUUAACUGUUGAAAACCACUGUUUUGCAAACCUUUUCUUCAAGAUUGUUGUUGAAAACAGUUGUGCAGAUUUUUUUGGAGAAAGAUGGUUUACUUCUGCAGGUGUUUAUGCAUCUCAAAUGGAAUUUCAGACAAACCCCUCUAACCAGCGAUUCGGCAAUUAAUUGCAUAUUAAAAUGGUAAUUGAAUUUCGCUCCCGUUAGCUGUGAGCAGCUGUAAGAGUGCUUUAAUUGUGCUAACUUGUACUUAUUUCUUUUGUUGGGGGAGUGGCAGAGAAUUAAAGUUU